AUGUCGAUUAAAGCACUCGCUGUUCUUCGACUGAACGAAGCAUUAAACAAAAAUAAACGCUCCAAAGGCUUCGUUUGUUUUACUAUGUUACCUGAUAAACGGGUAAAGAUCAAUGUAAAUAUCGAAGGUCUCUCUCCUGGGCUGCAUGGCAUACAUAUUCACGAAUACGGGGAUAUGAGUAACGGUUGCAUCUCGGCCGGUACUCAUUUUAAUCCACAAAAAAAGACACAUGGUGGUCCGUUAUCAAAACAACGCCAUGUAGGAGAUUUGGGAAACAUCAGAGUAGACCACAAUAGGAAGGCUAAUAUUACUAUUUACGACCAUUUAAUCAGUCAGAGACUGCUCGAAGAGCAAAUUGACCGGAAAGUAUUCGGUUAUUGGCCGUGCUAUAUUUAUUCACGAGUUGCCAGAUGA